AUGGCCUUCAUUCUCAGAAGAACCCUGUUUGGGAAAAGUGUGCAGCAUGUUCUGAGCACAGCAAUAUUUGGGACCUCGAAACGAUUUAUCCCAGAGUCAAGUGCUCUCAGAAUGCUCCACGUUGGAGACCGAGCCUCGCUGACGAAGGUUUUCAGCGCCAGAGACGUUGCACUUUUUGCUGAGCUAACAGGAGACACAAACCCGCUCCACACUGACCCUGAGUUUGCCAAAAAGACCUCUUUUGAAGCUCCUAUUGUUCACGGAGUGUUGAUUAACGGCCUCAUCUCAGCAGUUUUGGGGACCAAAAUGCCAGGCAAAGGCUGUGUGUUUCUCUACCAGGAAAUUCGCUUCCCGGCACCUUUGUUUGUCGGGGAGGAGGUGGUAGCUGAAGCAGAGGUGAAGAAGAUCAAAAUGUCAUUUGUUUUCAUUUCUGUUUCCUGUUCUGUCAGAGAUAAAGUGGUGAUGGAGGGGGAGGUGAUGGUCAUGAUACCGGAAGAUAUGCAGAAGGCUUAGUUAUUAUGAAACUUAUUUUUUUGUAUAAUGUUAUUCGUGUACUUUAAAGGAUUAUGUUCUUCAUAGCAUCAUAUUCUUUUUGUCAGUUGCUUGCUUAAGCUUUCAAAAUAAAAAUAAUGAAGUUUA